AGCCCUGCUGGGUCUGCACUGGGAUCCAGCCCUGCUGGGUGUGCACUGGGAUCCAGCCCUGCUGGCCCCUCUGGACAGGAGAACAGAGAAAGGCUCCCUGCACCCUCCUGGCUGCAGGAAACCUGAUCCUUCAGAGGCAGGCUGAGGUCGGGGGAGUGCCCUGGGGGGCUGCCCCAGAUGUUCCCUCUCCCUCCAUCUGCCCCAGGAAGGUGAGAGGGGAUGCAGGAGGCUGUUGGGGAAUGCUCUGUGAUGGAGCAGCGUUGCCUUCCUCCCCUCAGACUCCUCCUUGCUCGGAGCCCUCAGUUGCUACAAGGGGCAGGACGAGGGAGGCUGGAAGGCAAAAGGUUCUCAGCUUGUCCUGAGCCAAAACCUGACACUGCUGGCAUGACCUGGAGAGGAGGACAGUCCUGGCUCCUGCUCCUCCCAGGCUGUGGAAGGGGCUAAGGACUUUAGGGGGCAGAGGUUUGGGACAGUCACACCUGGCAGUUGUGGUGCCAGUCUCCCCUGUGGGGCACAGCUGUGGCUCUGUCACACGUGCCUGCUGCACCCUCAGAGCCAGCGGGCCCCGAGGCUCCCCGAGCCCUUGUGAAGGCUCUGUAGCAUCAGUGUGGCAGUGUGUCCUCAGGCUCUGCCCGUGUCACCUCAUUCCCCCUCUCCUGGUGGCUGCCUUGGCCUCCAGCCCCGAGCUGUGCUCCUGGGAAGAGCCAUGACAGCAGCUGAGAGCCUCCAAGAGUCCCUCCUGCAGUUUCUCACUUGUUCUGGUUCCCUUAUCACCCCAGCACACCCUUCCCCUUUGAGAUUUCUGCUCCUGCCUCCUGCCCUGCAGCAGGAAGGAGGUUUGAAGGCUGCAGGGCAGCAGCUGCAGCUCGGGGCUCGCUGGGAGCACCAGAGGGUCUGUGCAGGGUGUUGCAAGAGGUCUGUCUUUGACACUUCUGCAGGGAACCUCGACCCACAGCCUUCAGGCUGAGGAUUAAACAGAGGGAGAAGGGAAAGGAGCCAUGUUCCAGGCCACGGGAGCUGCCAGCCCAGCCCCAGCUCAUGAGGCCAAAAGCAGCUCAGGGGGCAGCACAGUGCAGCGCUCCAAGUCCUUCAGCCUGAAGGCACAGGUGAAGGAGAUGUGCACUGCCUGCCAGAAAACCGUGUACCCCAUGGAGCGCCUGGUGGCCGACAAAUUCGUCUUCCACAACUCCUGCUUCUGCUGCAAGCACUGCCACACCAAGCUCAGCCUGGGCAGCUACGCCGCGCUCCAUGGCGAGUUCUACUGCAAGCCCCACUUCCAGCAGCUCUUCAAGAGUAAAGGCAACUACGACGAAGGCUUCGGGCGCCGGCAGCACAAGGAGCUGUGGGUGCACAAGGAGGUGGAGAGCGGCACCAAGUCGGCGUGAGCGGGGCCAGCCCUGCCAGGGAGCUGAGCUGGGCCAACUGAGCUGAUGUAGAGCAGGACCUGGGCCAGGGGAGAGGGGGAGCCCCUCUUUGGGGGGUGCUCAGAGGUGAGCAGGGUGCAGCCCCCAGACCUGGAGCCCUCUCUGUGCAGGCCCCUCUCCCCAGUGAGAUCAGAGCAGAAGCAAUGCCCCCCCAUGGGACCCCCCCAGCCCUCUUGAUCCAUUUCAGGCCUUUCACCAGGGAGAAGGGAUGAGCUGGGGGCUUACCCAGCGUGUGAGCCACUGCAGAGCUCCCAGCCACACCAGCCCUGCACCGCUGGGGCUCUGGGUGAGCAGGGUCCCUGCUUUACAUCAGCUCAGUUCAGCUGGGAUGGUUCAGCCUUAAGGAUGUUGCCCUGCCACGGUUUCUGUGUCUGUUUUUUAUAUUUGCCUUCCACUGGUACGUUCUGCGCCGGAGCUCCGCCUGCGCGCCUUUAUUUUUGUAAUACAAGGUUUCCCAGCCUUC